GCACAUCAAGGCUUUGGAUGGGUUGGAGAAUGGGCUAAUAGCGGAAGCGAUUCUGGCAAGAAGACCCCGGCACAAGUUAACCCUAUUCGGUUACAAACACUCUACCAUGCAGACAAACAGAAAAUGGACUACCAUGUCCUCGAACUAGUGACGUGGCUUCACCGUCUGAUCAGUCUGGUAAGGUUUAACGGUACCAAAGCUUUCCCCACACGAUCACCAACACGCAAAGGACUUGUUCUGGAGACAGAGACUAUGAACACUAACCCCAAAACACCUAAGGUCCAGAUUUCUCUUGAAGAUAGAAAUUUACUAGAUAAGGUUAUGAAAAGGAAAUGUUUGAUUCCCGGAAGAAGCAAAAGCCAGGAAUUUUUGUUGCCCAAAAAUCGGAGACAGGUGUGGGCGCUAAGUAGAAGCAUGGGUAGCUCACCUUGUACUGAUUUUAAACAUCCAAAGGGUAAUGUUUUGGAUAUAUUAGAUGGCUUAGAUUCAGCAUUUUGAAUUCCUAAACAAGAUUUCAAGCCAAAAGUUCAUUUUUUUUGUUUUCUUGAUUCUUAGCUACCUCCACUUUUUCUGGAACUACAGCCUCUUGUAUAUAGUCCAUCAUAUGGUGGUUGGGAAAUUGUAAUAUUGUAGCAUAUAUUAUUUUGGGAUAGUUUUCUUUUUUAAUCAAACUACAUUUAGAUUCUAAUGGAAGUGAUUGUUCAAGGGUGAUAGGGAAUGAUGUUUAUUGGGCAUUUUGUAGCCUGACCUUACUAAAACUGUUGUAAUUUU